UUGGCUUGAAAAUUGAAAUGAAGGAAGAAAAAUGGUGAAUGCACUCAGUCAUAAUCAGAGUCACUUUCUGGUGGUGCUGUUGAACUCCAAUUCCAAUUGCAGAGGGAGCAAGAGUGGUAACAACACCGUCUUCCGAAAACCCUUUGUGAAAUUCCGAACCCUCACCACUCAAAUUUGCCACUCCUCUUACCACCGAUUCGCUGACACAAAGCACACAACCCUUCUGGUUGAGACUUACCAUCUCCAUGACAGCCUCAGAGCUUUACUUGCAAAGCUUCAGAAGGAAGAUUGCAACCCUCUCCACGUACUCGCAGAAGAUGGUGAUUGGUCCAAAGACCAUUUUUGGGCCGUUGUCAGGUUCCUUAAAAGUGCCUCAAGGUUCACCCAAAUCCUUCAGGUGUUUGAUAUGUGGAAGAACAUUGAGAAAUCACGAAUUAGUGAGUUCAACUAUAACAAGAUCAUAGGCUUGUUAUGUGAAGGAGGAAAGAUGGAAGAUGCAUUAUCUGCAUUGCGAGAUAUGAAAGUUCAAGGUAUCAAGCCUUCUUUGGACACUUACAAUCCAAUAAUUCAUGGAUUAUCCAGAGAAGGUAAGUUCAGUGAUGCUUUACGUUUUAUUGAUGAGAUGAAAGAAUCUGGCUUAGAGCUGGAUUCUGAAACCUAUGAUGGUUUGCUUGGAGCCUAUGGGAAAUUUCAAAUGUAUGAUGAGAUGGGUGAGUGUGUGAAGAAGAUGGAGUUGGAAGGAUGUUCUCCUGAUCAUAUCACUUAUAAUAUACUUAUCCAAGAGUAUGCUCGUGCUGGGCUACUCCAGAGAAUGGAAAAGCUUUAUCAAAGAAUGGUUUCAAAAAGAAUGCAUGUACAGUCUUCUACUCUUGUCGCAAUGCUGGAGGCUUAUACCACAUUUGGGAUGGUUGAAAAGAUGGAAAAUUUUUAUAGAAAAAUCUUGAGCUCAAAAACAUGUCUAGAGGAUGAUUUGAUUAGAAAAGUGGCUGAAGUUUAUAUCAAGAACUACAUGUUUUCUAGAUUAGAGGACCUGGCACUAGAUUUAUGUCCAGCAUUUGGUGAGAGCAACCUUGUAUGGUGUCUCCGUCUUCUUUCUUAUGCAUGUCCUUUGAGUAAAAAAGGUAUGGAUAUAGUUGUUCGAGAAAUGCGAGAUGCAAAGGUUAAUUGGAAUGUCACUGUUGCAAAUAUUAUCAUGUUGGCUUAUGUGAAGAUGAAAGAUUUCAGGCAUUUGAAAAUUUUGCUAUCUCAGUUGCCAAUCUACCGGGUGCAGCCUGAUAUAAUCACUAUUGGAAUUCUAUUUGAUGCCACUAGAAUUGGUUUUGAUGGUAGUGGAGCUUUAGAAACAUGGAGAAGAAUGGGCUAUCUAUACAGAGUAGUAGAAAUAAAAACAGAUUCUCUGGUCCUUACGGCAUUUGGGAAAGGUCAUUUUCUUAAAAGCUGUGAAGAAGUGUACUCUUCCCUUCACCCUGAGGACAGAAAAAGGAAAACAUGGACUUACCAUGAUCUCAUUGCUUUAUUGUCAAAACAUACUGGUACCAUCGACUGUAUAAAACCUAGAUAGUUAACCCAUCUUUGCUUUUAUGAAAGUUAAAAAAAAAAUGUAAAAAGAUUGUGAUAUCUUACUUUCUUGUUUCCAGUUAAGUUGGGAUGAUGUAAAAAAUAUUAAUGCUAUUUGGCAGGGUGAAGACACUUUCAAUUUUGAAAUGAAUUUAGUUUAUUUAAAAA